GCGGCCGGGAGGACCAAUCUCAUCCGGGCAACAAGCUUAGGCCCCGCCCCCAUCCAUCCCUCCUGCUGGCUGUUGAGGACUCGGCCGAGCAUUUCCUCGUCUUCCCGGCGGAGGGACGCGGCGACGGGGACCAAACGACGCGGAUUGUGUCCACUUAUGACGGACACGUGAGGUCCAUGUUGGGUCGAGGCGUAAAGCGGAAGUGGAGCUGCACGGAGGAGCUGGCGGCGGCCGAGGAGAAGGAGCGCCACGGCACGGCGUUGGCGGCAGGCGUCCCGCGGGAAAGCAGCCGCCUGCAGCAGCGCCAGCGGGUGCUGGGCCUGUGUUUAGAGAAGCUGCAGCGCUACCAAGCCGGGAUGGAGCUCAGCCUGCGGCGCUCGGUGCUGCUGGUCAACACGCUGCGGCAGAUCCACGACGACAUGCGCAGCGACGCGGCCGAGGGCGCCGUCCGUCCCGACUUGCCGUUUCUGCGGGACGCCCUGAGUGUGGAAAUGUCCCUCACGUGCGCCGGGUGCGCGGACGGCGGCCAGGAGAGCCCGUCCUCGGCGCUGUCCCCCGAACUCUCUUCCCAGGAGAUGAGCAUGGGGGCGGAGCUAAAGCCUCCCAUCAGCGCGUUCAGCGACGCGGUGAACGGCCUGGGCUACCUCGGCGACCUCGCCCUGGACGAUAUCUUCGAGGACAUCGACACGUCCAUGUACGAGACCUCGGAUCUGUGGACGGCGGGCUCGCUCUGGCCCGUCGGCGUGUCCCUGUGGGCGGACCAGGACGCCAGGAUGCGCCCCGACGGCCACGCCUUGCCCGGGAGCCUCCAAUCGCGUCUGAUGGACCUGAACGAGCUGGACCACAUCAUGGAGAUCCUGGUCCAGUCCUGAUCCAGGAGAAAGAUUGUUGCAGAGCCACAAUCAAAAGGAAGAACAAAGUCAGGUGACAGUUUUCUGGGUUCACAGAGAAACCCGGGCCGUCAGGCUUGACUUGAAGGCAGCGCCGGUGCCAGCAACCAAUCAGGAGGACUUUGUCGGCACCACCUGUCUGAAUUAGUCACCAUUCUCCUAAUUCCAUCAUCUAGUACAACCAUAUCCUCAAGAACUUGCACCAACUCCUUCUUCGUGUUGAGCGUCAUUAAGAAUUUGGAUCCUUAACAGAUGUGACAUCAUCGAUACGGGUGUCCCCAUCCCAUAUUUUAAGAUCCGAUAUCAGCCAGGAACUAAUAUUUACAGUGCAUCCGGAAAGUACUCAGAGCGCUUCACUUUUUACCAUUAUGCAUUAUUCUGAAAUUGGAUAAAUUAAUUUUUGUCCUCAAAAUUCUACACACAAUUCCCCAUAUUGACAAUGUUAAAACAUUUAUUUUCCCUGUAUACCUAGCCUGUUUAUUUUUGAUACAUUUGCAAACAUUUCUAAAAAAAAAAAAUAAUUUUUCACAUUGUCAUUUUGGGCUACUAUGUGUAGAAUUUUGAAGACAACAUUUUUUUUUUUUUUCCAUUUUAGAAUGAGCUUUCAAAUUUGAAUUGGCAAAUUUAUGUGCUUGGAUGCAAAAAGAAAAAAAACUGUACAGUGCAUCCGAAAGGUAUUCACAGUAUCCACACCUUUUCCACAUUUUGUUAUGUUCCAGCCUUAUUCUAAAAUGGAAGAAAUCAAUUUUGUCCUCAAAAUUGUACACACAAUACCCUAUAAUGACAAUGGGAAAAUGUUUUGUUCUUCUUGUAUACUUAACCUGUUUAUUUUUAAGAAAUCAGCAAAAAUU